UCCUCUUGAAGAAAUGCUCGAGACCAGCCCAAAUGAAGCGAUAUUAAAUGCUACUGAAUUGAAAAUAAUUUUUGGAAAUCUUCCGCCAAUUUAUGAUUGCACCGUAAAAUGCUGGAAGAAUUACGAUGGGCUUCGUCUCAUUGGGCAGAAGAUACAAGCAUAGGCAAUAUAAUAUUAAAACAUGCACCAGAUCUUGUAAAAGCAUAUCCUCCAUUCGUCAAUUUCUUUGAAAACAUGAAGGAGAUGCUGGUGCAAUGUGAUCAAUCCAAAACCAGAUUUCAUGCAUUUUUAAAAAUUUGUCAAACGAGGCCAGAAUGUGGUAGACAAUCUCUACAAGAAUUAAUGAUAAGGCCUGUACAGAGAUUACCCAGUAUUAGUCUUUUAUUAAAUGACAUUUUAAAGCAUACUCCAAAACCACAUUUAGUAUCAUCACAUAGAAGCUUUAUCUCACGUUGUGAAGUAAUGGAACUAAGUGAUGGUUUAAGUGGUCGAGGUGAUCAUCUGGUUUUAUAUUUAUUCUCUGAUAUUUUAGAAGUUUGUAAGAAACGAUCCAAAGCCUUUAAUAGCCUUAAAAGUCCAAAUGCAAUAGGUAGUACGCAUUCCACAAAAUUAGGAGCAGGUAAACCUUAUAAACAUGUGAAGUUAAUGCCUCUAAGUCAUGUUAAAAGAGUUAUAGACAUUCAUGAAACAGAAGAUUGUCAUGCAGUAUUUGCUUUAACUUGUCGCAGCAAUCAGGAACUUAAAGAAAAGUUAUAUUCGUUUACAAUUACUGAAGAAGAUGUUGAUAAAACCACUUUUCUACGCAGCCUCUGCAGGCAGAUGGCGAACACAGUUUGCAAAGCUGAUGCUGAUCGUUUUAUGGCAAGUUUAAAUUCAAAACAACUAGAAAUUGAUACAAGUGAUGUUUCACUCGGCACUCUUUCAAAAGCUUUCAAAUUUGCAUCACGAACAAGGAUGAAAGUUGGAAGAGCAUUUUCAUUUAAUAAAACACCAUCAAAAUUCAAGCGUGCAGUUUCAACUAUGAUGUCGCCUUUUGGAAGUACAAAUAAUUUAACUCCGUCCUCUCAAUUAGCUCAGAUGCGGCUUGCCAGUUGCAACAAUAUUAAUGAAUUAGGUGGUGCACCAAAUAAUGUAAACAAUGAAAUGUUGGUGGCUCCAAUGUCUGUACAACCAACACGAAAAACUAAGUGUUCUUCAUUAAGUAUAGCUGCUCUUCGUAGAUUAUAA